AUGUCGUCGUUACUCGCCUAUCUCCAAAGCUACCUUCCCGCCGGUCCCGGUUGGCUACCGACGUGGCAGCUCGUCGUCGCCGUCACCGCGACAUUGAACACAGCGAGCAACGUCGCCUCGCUUGCACCGUCGCGCCGUCUCUACACCGGCAUGGCCGCAUUCGUCAACCCGCUCCAGGCCAGGACGUUCGCGAUUUGGACGCUGACGUCAGCAGCCGUUCGCUUCUACGCAGCAUACAACAUCCACAACAAGCUCAUCUACGACCUCGCCCUCUUCACCUACCUGUUCGCCUUCUUCCACUUUGCUUCCGAGAUCCUCAUCUUCAAAACAGCCAAGCUCGCGGGGCCUGCCAUCAGCCCCGUCCUUGUCGCUUCUUCGUCUCUGAUCUGGAUGCUUACGCAGUACAAAUUCUACGUACAGCCAUGA